AUGUCGUUUUUCCGUUCCUUAGCCAAUUCCAAAGAAAUCCCCGAAAGACUUACCACUGUAUUACUUAGCGGUUUAUGUCGAGUGGCUCCUUUUAUCUCUGAGGAGGCAUUUACAUCUAUGUUAAGUGAGGUUGAUGAUCUGUUUCGGCUUGUUCAUACCACUGGCUUCACUGUGUCUGUCCAAGCUUUGUCUGUACUUUUUCAAAUUUCAACUCAUUGUGUCGCCAUACGUGAUCGUUAUUAUCAGGCUUUAUAUAGAAAAUUACUGGAUCCUGCUAUUCAUCAAAGUUCUAAAAACCCAAUUCUACUACGUUUAAUCUAUCAAAGUAUGGUUGGUGAUGAUGAUACUGAUCGAAUUGUUGCAUUUAUUCACAGAAUCUUGCAAUUAUGUAUUUCGCAUACAGAUCCUGGUUUUAUUGUUGGUUGCUUGAUUCUAAUUAAUAAGGUAUCAUUAUCCAAACCAAAUGUUAUAAUGAUUUCUCAAAUAAAUAAAGAACAUUUACCAGCUAAUGAAGUGACGAGUUUGGCAAAAUUCGAACAGUCCGAUGAUGAUGAUGAGGAUGAACAUUUCAGUGAUGCACAUUGUUCUGAUGAUGAUAAUCAUAAUGAUGAAAGUGUACAGAAUGGUGUAAUGACUAAUAAAACGACCGAAUCAGAAAAAUCUACAGUCAUAACUGAUAAGAGUAAUGUAUUAUUAACAUCAUCAUGGUACCAUCGUUCUUUAAAAAAGCAACGGAACACCCGAAACAUAUUUAAUUAUGGCUAUAAUCCAACUGUACGAGAUCCAAAAUUUGCACAGGCUACUGGAUGUUUACUUUGGCCACUUAGUCUCCUAUCAAAACAUAUUCAUCCUACAAUUAAUUUAUUGCCAAUUCCUUAUUAA